AUGUUGCCUGAAGAACAAGAUCAACAACGUAAAAAAUGUACACAACUAUUGGAUGAUAUAAUUGAAUCAUUAACGGACAAUUUAUUCGUAGCUGAAAAUUCUAUUCAUGAGAAACAAAUCGAUGUCCUUUUGAAUCAAACAAAAUUGCACCUUAAAAAAAUUAAAGAAAAAUUUUUAACAUCGUCAUUAAAUAUUGAAUCAUUUAAUGCCUUAUUUAAGGAAUUAACAGAAUGUAUUGAAGGUGUUUACAAUAUCAUGUCACAGAUAUUCAAAUAUGUUUCUAGCAAUAUUAAUAAAUUAACAACAAAAAUUCAAACUCUAUCUACUCAAAUGGAUAAUAUUAAAACAACAAAUACAAAAUUACUUACAGAUAUUGAAGCAAUGCAAAAGAAACAAAAAGAAUUCCAAAAAAGAAUUGAACAACUUGAACAACAAGAAUUAAAAAGAAUAAAAAAAGAAAAAUAUCGUGAACGACAAGUGUUGAUCAGAGAUUUAUUUUCAAUACCUAAAGAUUGGUUAUGUGAAGAACUGAUACACAACAAUCUCCCAGACACUGAUGUGAAGAUCUAUUCAAAACGAGAAACUGAUAGCAAGAAAUUAUUAUCUGAAUAUCCAUUAUUAUAUUCAAUUUUACAAAAGGUGUCCAAAGAAUUCGAAAUUGAUCCGGUUCAUAUGUUGAAUUAUCUUAAAGAAAAAAAAGAUCCAAAUAAAUCUUUUCAUGUUAAUGCCGAUCUUAAAAAAUAUGUUUAUGAACAUACAAAUUAUGAUUUAAAACAAUUUUUAGAAACAAAAGAAAUGUACCCUCUUGAUGAACAAGAUUAUACAUGUUAUCGUUGUACAGGUCAUGUUAUAGAAUGGACAAAAUCUUUUUAUUCAACAACAACACGAACAAGAAAAAUGUUGGAUAUACCAGAUGCUAUUAAAACAGAAUAUGAUGCUUUGCAAAUAUUUAAAUAUAAAAAACAUGAUCGAGUUUUAGCAAGAGUCAUUGAAAAACAAGUUACUAUUACUAAAGCACUCGAUGUUUCAAGAGUUAUUCAAGAACCAACAUAUUAUCAGAAUUUGCCACUUUCUAAUUAUGUUGUAUCAUCAACUGGUCGUUUAUCAAGUUCUCUUGCAAUUAUGCAAAAAGAAGUUGAACGAUUAGAUGAAAUUCAAAAAAUGAGUGAAAAACUUCAAGUUCAAGCAGUAACUAUUCACAUUGUUUCAGAAGAAUUUUUAAAUGAAAUAAAAAAUGAUCGUCCGUCAAUAGUUAUGGGAAAAUCUCGAUUAAACAAAACUGUACCAGAUAAAAUCAAAUUAAAAAUAAAAGAUAGAGGUGCUGUUGAUCCAGAUUUAGUGAUUCCACAUGAUUUUAGUCUAGCAAAACCAUUAUUACGUGAUAAUGUUGAAUUAAUAAAAUUUAAAACUGAAAUGAUUGAUAAUUUAUUUGAAAUUGAAAUAGCUUAUUCAGUAUUAGAUGAAUCAUAUAAUACAAUAGAAGCAAUACGUGAAGGAGAAUUUGAUCGUUUUCAAAAAUGUCAAACACUUGAUAAUCAUCAAUUAUUAUGGCAUGGUUCAAGAACAACUAAUUUUGCUGAUAUUCUUGAUCAAGAUUUACGUAUUGCACCAUCUGAAGCAACUGGUUAUAUGUUUGGUAAAGGUGUUUAUUUUGCUGAUAUGGUUUCAAAAAAAUAUUAUUAUAUAAAUGGUGAUGUACUUAUUCCAAUGGGUUAUGGUGUUCCAUCAAAUGCUCGACACACUUCAUUGUUAUAUAACGAAUAUAUUGUUUAUAAUACUGAUCUAAUCAAUACUGAAAUAUCUUUGCGUGUUGAUUUUCAAUAG